AUGGAAAAGAAAUUUGAAAAAAAGGAAUUAUUAGAUGUUUUAAGUUCAUUAAAAGAAUGCCCUCCAACAAAAGAUCUUGGAAAUAUAUGGACUCAUACAGUUCGUGUUGCAAAAGAAGGUUUGGGUGAUAUAAAGAAAGAUUUAAAGGAAUCAAUAAAAAAUUAUCUAGAUAAUGAUUAUUCUGAUACUACUUCUUGUAUUAAAAAGAAACUUGUAUAUGCCUCUAUAUGGGAAGAAAAUAUUGCAAGAUUUAAUAGAACUGUAGAACGUGAACAGGAAAAAUAUACUAAUGAUUUUUUUAAUUUAAUUAAAGAUGAAAGUACACUUGAUGAUAUAAGAAAAUUCAUUUAUUCAUUCUUAGAAUUUUUUAAAAUAUUAAAAGAAGAAUUAUAUCAAGACCAUCAAAAGGAAUUAUUUCUAAAAAUUGAGAAAGCUUCGGAGGGUGAAAAUUAA